GAUUGUGAAAGAGGGAGUAGUAGAAGUGGAUGGAAAAGAUGUGCCAGUUGAAAUGUACCUUGGAGGUGACUAUAAGUUUCUUUUACUUAUAAUGGGAAUGAAGGGAGCAACUUCAGGUUAUGCUUGUGUCUGGUGCACAAUUCACAAGACCUUAAGGUCUGACAUGACCAAGCCCAUGAACUACUACUGGAAGGAAUCAAAAAGAACAUUAGAUGACAUGAAGAGAUGUGCUCUAAAGCAACAGUAUUCCUGUGAGCACCCACCUUUGCUAGAAAUCCCUUUAGAGAAUGUGGUGCUUGAUGAGCUGCAUUUGAUCCUGAGGGUUACUGACAAGCUAACAAAGAAUCUUGUGACAGAGGCAAUUAGCAGGGACAAAAAAGAUAACCUACAUAAAGCCCCUCGUAACCGAACAGCAACUCACCUUAACAGCCUUGUAAAAGCCAUUUGUAGCUGUGGUGUCUCCUUUAGCGUGUGGGAAAAAAAGAAUGCCGAUGGAAGUGGAAGUGGCACACACGAUUUCACUAGCCUGAUGGGCACAGAUAAAAAGUUGUUACUGGAAAAGCUCCCAGCCAAGCUGGAUGGUAUCAUUGGCCCAACUACAAGUAGCACAGUGAUUAAAAUUUGGAAGGACUUCAAUGACAUCUACACAAGAGAUCUUCUGAAAAAGGACCCCACAGAUGAAGACAUUGAGAACUAUUUUGCCAAGGUCACUGCUUGGGUAACUCUUUUUAAAUCCCUCGGUGGGAAGUUGGAGGGGUAUGGCUGUUCUGAAGUAACACCCUAUAUCCACUGUAUGGUUUACCAUGUUCCACACUUCAUGAAAAAACACAAAGGAAUGAAAAAAUUCUCUGGACAAGGGGUUGAGAAGCUAAAUGAUGACUGUCGAAGGAUCCAUUUGCAGAAGUCAAAUAAGUGGGAUGCUGCCAAAGAUGUCCUCAUAGUUGGGAAGCGGCUUGAGAUGCUAAGGGACUUUAAAAGAAGCCCACGCCUGUACAAAAAGGCAGCCAAAGAUUACUGGUCAGGAGGCAUAACUGAGAAUCGUGCAAAGCGUCCCCGUUUGAGCCAUGAUGAAAAAAGUCAACAAAACAGUGUGGAAGAAAUUGAUAGCCUGAGCCCUGAAAUGAUUAAAUCUAAACUUAAGGACUUAGGAAUAACGACACGGGCAAGAAAUAUAAAGAGAUUACAGGGAAUAUAUAGAGCAGCUUUGCAAUCUGCAUCAGUUGAAAAAGAUCAUUAAAUUCAGUAGUGUUAUAA